GAUCUCAGAAACAACAUGUUCUUCAAAGACAGGUUUGAUGAAGAGGAGGAGGAUUCAGGGAUUAAAUCAGAGGCUGACGAAAGCAAUGGAACCAUCUCCUCUGAAGACGACCUAGACCACCUUGAAUAUACAAAUAAUUUUACUCUGAAGCAAACGGGGACAAAGAAGAGCAUCAGUGAAAUCAUCAAGGACAAAAAGAAACAAACUCAGUUAACACUUCAGUGGCUUGAGGAAAAUUAUAUUGUUUGUGAAGGAGUCUGCUUGCCUCGGUGCAUCCUUUAUGCACAUUACCUAGACUUCUGUCGCAAGGAGAAAUUAGAUCCUGCUUGCGCUGCCACUUUCGGCAAGACUAUAAGGCAAAAAUUUCCUCUUCUAACGACUCGAAGACUCGGCACCAGAGGCCAUUCAAAGUAUCAUUACUAUGGAAUCGGGAUUAAGGAGAGCAGUGCUUAUUAUCAUUCUGUAUACUCAGGGAAAGGUCUGACCAGGUUCUCUGGAAGCAAGCUAAAAAAUGAGGGAGGUUUCACACGGAAAUAUUCUCUCAGUUCUAAAACAGGAACGUUACUACCAGAAUUUCCAAGCGCCCAACAUUUAUUGCUUACCGAGUCCAUUUCGAAAGAAAAGGUCGACACACUGAUCAUGAUGUACAAAACUCACUGCCAGUGUAUUCUCGACAACGCCAUCAGUGUCAACUUUGAAGAGAUCCAGAACUUCUUGCUGCAUUUCUGGCAAGGAAUGCCAGACCAUCUCUUACCUUUGCUGGAGAAUCCAGUAAUCGUGGAUAUCUUUUGUGUGUGUGACUCCAUCCUAUACAAGGUCCUGACUGAUGUUCUCAUUCCUGCUACAAUGCAGGACAUGCCGGAAAGUCUUUUGACAGAUAUCCGAAAUUUUGCCAAACUCUGGGAGCCCUGGAUGGUUUCAUCUUUGGAAAAUCUGCCAAAAAUCCUGUCAGAAAAGAAGCUGCCAAUAGCUCGCCGAUUUAUUUCGUCCCUAAAGCGCCAGACUUCCUUCUUACACCUCGCUCAGAUUGCAAGACCGGCUCUUUUUGAUCAAAAUGUUGUGACGGCCAUGGUGAACGACAUAGACAAAGUAGAUUUAAACAGCAUAGGCUCCCAGGCACUCCUUUCCAACACUAGCGACCAGGACCUGGAUUUCUACUCUGAAUACGACUCGGUCGCCGUGUUCCAGGAGUUAAAGGAUCUCCUGAGAAAGAAUGCCACUGUCGAAUCCUUUAUUGAGUGGCUGGACUCUGUGGUGGAACAGAAAGUCAUUAAGCCCAGUAAACAGAACGGUCGCUCAGUGAAAAAACGAGCUCAGGACUUUUUACUGAAAUGGAGUUUUUUCGGCGCUCGCGUGAUGCACAGCCUCACCUUAAACAACGCCACCAGCUUUGGCUCCUUUCACCUCAUUCGGAUGCUGUUAGAUGAAUAUAUCCUGCUGGCUAUUGAAACACAGUUCAAUAAUGAUAAAGAGCAAGAUUUACAGAAUCUCCUGGAUAAAUAUAUGAGAAAUGCAGAUGCCAGUAAGGCGACGUUCACGGCUUCCCCGAGUUCUUGCUUCCUGGCAAAUCGUAAUAAAGCAGGGAUGGUGAACAGCGACUCGUCAGUAAAAAACGAGUCCCAGCCUGAGUACACACACCUGUCUGCCGCAGGAACUCAACAUGGACUGGGGGCCACCAUGGUGGUGUACCAGGGGACGGACACAGACAGCUUUACACUAUCUGGUCAGUUGGACUACUCCCAGAGCAGUGGCCCGUUGAUCACCCCUCCCAUCUCUCCAGCCAUGGUGAACCGAGGCAGCGUGAUCAACCAGGGCCCGAUGGCAGUGAGAUCACCGAACAGCUGCCCUGUCCAGCCUCACGCACCCUGCCAGGCUUUCCCUGAUGCCAUGUAUCAAAGCCUCCCUGCCUCCACCUUCUACUCCAGCUCCUCCACCUACCAGCCUACCAGCCUGACUCAGACCCACACGCCACCCUCGGCUUACCAGACUCGUACCGAGUGCGCACGCUAUUCCUCCUUCAGUGGUCAGCAGCUGGCUAAGGACUGCUUUAAUAGCAGCUGCAGUGGUGCCGCAGCAUACAGCUCGAGAGUUUCAUCAGUAAGCUACCCGUCCACCUCUGAGCCCACCAUCGAGGUUCAGGGAGUGCAACUAAUGGACUACGGAUUUGCAGGGAGUGGAGGAGCCCAUGGAUGUCCGGGCCCGGUGUACACCAAUGCAGCACACAGUGGCUACUAUGGGAACAAUGGCUAUGUGGACACGCAGAGGACGGGCUCUCUAAUUGAUCAGCAUGUAUCAGUGAUCAGCAGUGUGACCUCCACCCGCUCCGUUGCUGCAUACUCUGAAGUCCACGACCCUCUCAACAUCCUGAACGACACGGGCAGAAAGCCGUCAGCACCGUACUACCCUGGGCAGCCUCCUCUAAUUCCACGCUCAGCAGGUUCUUCAAUAGCCCCUCCUAUCAGUUGCUCGGUUUCUCCGUGCAUGUACGGUGCCGCUGCUCAGUAUCACCAUACCCAAGAUGCCUUGCUGCCUCACCACGGCGGCGCUGAAGUACGGGACAUGGUGUCCUCUCUGCCUCCCAUCAACACUGUGUUCAUGGGGUCAACCGGAGGGCCACCGUAA